GUGACAUGGCUUGCAACUAGGAUAAUCUCUCUCUGCUCUAGAUAGUCUCUCAAUCUGCUAUCUACGAAGCCUAAUUAAGAAGUUAGUUCAUGCAUCUUAGGUAAUUAGUCAUCUUGUACGAAUAACGGCGUGCAACGGGUAACAUUUUCUGCUACAGAGACGCGAAUCUAAGCUGCACUGGGUGCUGUUGGCCAAAAUAAGGCAGGAAUCAGAAAGGACGACAACAACAUCACGUGCAAACGCUCCAAACGGCCAUCUUUUGAUUGGAAGAAGACGUUCCCUCACGCACGCGGACGUAACUGUUCUUUCGUCAGUUGAAGUCAAAUGUUCAUUCUACAGCACUGUGCCUCUCGGUGUCCUCAACAUUUCCGUAACUUUCGUCAUGUUCAAUAACAGCGUCCCGUGCUUCCCUCAAGUAAACGGUGACGCAGCAGAAAGUAGCGGGACUCCCUUCCUGUCCUGUCCUGGCACGCCUCGUUCCGUCCAGAGAAGCGUCAAUGCGAAUAUUACCAUCAGCAUCAAGUGUGGCAGCUGCUACGACGCCUUCAUAUUUCCUAAGGUACUCAAUUGUCUGCACAGUUUCUGCAAAUUGGGCCUGGAAAGACAUCAGACAAGCCCCGACAAGUUGGAACUGCCCUUUGUGUUUGCAGGAGACGACCUUACCAGCCGAGGGCACUGCCGGACUCUUCUCAAGUUGCGUCCAUCAAUCAUCCUCAAGACCUUGGUGCUCGAUCACUCUUGCCUCACAUGCACUGCCUGCAAACACACAGCCGCUCCUGCAGUUGCACGCUGCCUUGACUGCGUCCAUACUUAUGUUUCAAUUGUGUAAUGGCGCACCAAUUCAUGCAUUGGCUCCAAACCCACCGCGUUCUCAUAUUCGAUCCCAAAAACCAGAUCUAUCGAAAAAACCUCCGAAAAAACGAUCAAGCGGCACGUUGUUUUCGCCACAAGAAUGAAACUCUUCAGUUAAUCUGCAGGACCUGCGACAUUUCUGUUUGUGGGGAGUGCGCAGCGUUUGAACACCCCAUGGGCACCAACAACCUCAUGGCUCUUGUCGAUGUGAGGCAAAAGGUCACCGAAGGUAUCUCAUUCGUCAUCACCAAUUCUAAAAAGGAGGGCCAACAACCUCAUCAGCUCUGUUACCAGUCUAGAAGUCUGCUACACAUCCAGUACCGCAAGGCUCAGGCUGAUACCAACAGCUCCAUCGAAGCGUGGAACAAGACGACACUGGAACAGAGCAAGCAAGAAAUUCUGACAGACCUCGAAAACACCUAUAAUAAAAAAACUUCUGUUAAUGGAGCGUCCGGGUAGGAAAGUGCAGGAGAGCUGAUGCAAGAUCAUCAAAGUUUGCGUCACUGGCGAAAGGCUAGCGAACUUCUCCUCUACAAGCAAGGAGUUACUACUGCUGGAUGCAAGAUUUCCACGAAAUGAUGACCUUCAACCCUAAGACACACUUGCAGGUCAUGGACCUGGUGUUCGCACCAAACUUCACCGCCGUGCAAGUGAGCAUCCGAAAUUACUUAGCGUGUACCCAACAGCGCUCGGAAGUCAGGCUGCGUGGACGUUCUCACGACGCGAUAUCAAGGCGCCUACCACCAGAUAUUCCAAAACUCCUCUUCGAACGAGCAACAACGCAUCAUUGAGCACAUCAGUAAUACGGACAUUUCCUGCGAAAGUUUGGUUCCUCAGUCUUGGAGCAUCCGCGCGCAGUCACUGUCGACGAAUCAUCGUCGUUGAAUGCAAAGUGAUGCGCGUUAUCAUCUUUGACCUUUGGGGGAAUAUCUUGCGUCAGUCCAGUUGUUCCGAGCACCUAGCGUUCCCGAACGGCGUCGCAGCAAAUGACAAGGGACAAUAGAGCCCAUUGUGUGAAGGUGUUCUCCUACGAAGGUGCAAUUCUCAGGCUCAUUGAUGGAGCAGGGAUAACCAACUAUCCCAUAGCUGUGUGCGUCAACAAAAAUGGUCAUCUGGUAGUAUCGCACAAUCACUACUAUUUCCACAUCACAGUGUUUACCCAAGAUGGUCAUCUCUUGAAUGCCUUCGAAAGCCACGUGACGCAUGCACAGUGCUACAACGUAGCUCUCACGCACGACAACGCCAUCAUACUUGCUAGCAAGGACUGCAAACUCUACAUUUAUCGCUAUGACCAAUGGUUGUUCUGAAGCUUUCAUCACACUAAAAGUUUCCGAGGAUG